AUGCAAGCAGGGUCGCUAGCCCACAGAGACAAUAGAGAGUGGGCGGGACUUCCGUACACAUGGCUGUAUCAGUAUCCACUGCCGAUACCAUCAGUGAAGGAGCCCAAGAUGUGGAUCAACAGCAACGUCACCGGAGAACUGAUCGACUACUACGAGGUCAGCAUUCAGAGUCUCCAGCAGCAAAUAUAUCCAAACAAUCAGCCUACACACUUGAUUGGAUAUGACGGUUUAGCGGUCGGGGAAACAUUCAUUAUUGAAAGGGACAGAGAGACGGUAGUGCGCAUCACCAAUAAUAGCCCCAAUGUUGCCGCCACGCAUCUUCAUGGGAGCCCUACCAGAGCGCCAUGGGACGGCUGGGCUAAGGAUAUUAUUGAAACCGGCCAGUACAAGGAUUACUAUUACGGCAAUCAUCAAAGCGCCCGCACAUUUUGGUAUCAUGACCAUGCCGAAGGACAAACUGCAGUGAACGUCUACUUCGGUCAAGCGGGAAUGUACAUCAUCCACGACCCCGAUGAAGAUGCCCUGGGCCUACCCGAUAUUUACGGCAGUAACGACAUACCCAUUAUCAUUACCUCAAAGCAGUACAAUCAAGACGCCUCUCUGGAUUCACCCGCAGAUGAGAGGGAAAGCCUUUGGGGCGACAUAAUCCAAGUCAAUGGCCAACCAUGGCCCUUUUUCAACGUCGAACCACGCAAAUACCGUCUUCGCCUCCUCAACGCAGCCGUCUCGCGCACUUUCGCGCUCUAUUUCUCCGAUGAUCAAUCUUCCAGCAACAAAAUUCCCUUUCAGGUCAUUGCCUCCGAUUCCGGCCUGCUGUCUUCCCCAGCAACAUCAGACCAAGUAGCCCUCUCCAUGGCCGAGCGCUGGGACGUCGUCAUCGACUUCAGCAUCUUCAAGGGUCACAAUAUUACACUUCGCAAUGACGAGUUAAUGGGUGAUGGUGAGGCCUACAAAUACACGGACCAGGUGAUGCGGUUCGUGGUAUCUGAACAGUCCGUCGCGGAUAAUACGACGGUGCCAGAGCAGCUGCGCGAUAUUCCUGCGCUUCCUGACCAUAGCCAGAUCGAUCAGCAGUUUGCGUUUUUCAGACAGAACGAGUGGGUCAUCAAUGGAGUCGUGUUCAGCGAUGUGGCUCAUCGGGUGCUGGCUAGGCCUCCCCGGGGCACGAUCGAGGUCUGGGAGUUGGCGAAUCAUGGCAUUGAUGCUACUCAUCCUGUUCAUGUCCACUUGGUUGACUUUAAGAUUUUGAGUCGACAGGGUGGGAGACGAGGGGUGCAGAAUUACGAAGCGCUUGGGCUGAAGGACACGGUUUGGCUCGAUAGGGGUGAGGUUGUGACGGUCGAGGCGCAGUAUGGACCCUGGGAUGGCUUGUACAUGUUCCACUGUCAUAACUUGGUACACGAGGAUCACGAGAUGAUGGCGGUGUUCAAUGUGACGGUGCUGGCCGAUCUGGGGUAUAAUGAGACAAGUUUCGAAGAUCCCAUGGAGCCUAGGUGGAGAGCGAAGACGGUGAGAGCCGAGGACUAUACGCCAGACGCUGUUGAGGCCAAGGUUCAGUUCAUGGCUUCUUUGAAACCAUACAGCAACAUCGACGAGUCAACGAGAUGA